GGAAACUACCUUGCCCACUUGCAAUCACCCUUCAAAACCUCUGUUGUCAUGAGGAAAACCUCGUACGCAGCGACCUUUGCCGCUGUUCUCAUUAUUCUUGUCAUCAACAUAUUAUCUGCACGCCUCCCGGACUGGCUUAUUGCUAGAUAUGACAUAGCGAACGCCCAGGUCACCGUUCGCUAUGGGUUGAUGGAACGUUGCGAACGCUCCACCAUCAGCUUUCCUGGCCCUAGCAAAGGCGGUCAUCUAGAAUACACCGAUUACGAAUGUCGUGCAUUUCCACUCCGUGUAAAGGACAAGUGUGAUGGCGAAAACCGCCUGUUCUGUGCUCUGUGGACCUCGGCUCAAUAUUUCACCGAGCUUGGCAUCGGUUUUGCCGCCAUGGGUCUCGCCGCUUUGGUCAUUGGCGUGAGCACACACUCCAGGCGGAGAAGGGUUUGGAGAGCUGUGGCUGGGCUAGUCAUACUGCAUGCUGUCUUUCAACUUAUAACCUUCAUCCUCGUCACCGAGCUCUACCGCAAGGACCGUUUCCCAGCAUUUGAGCACGCUAAGCCUGGUGUUGGCUACGUUUUAAACGCUGUUUCUUGGGUUUCAGGUUUUGCCGUAGGAGCUGGUGUCAUUAUAACCGGUAUAGCUGCAGAUCGCGGCCAUAAGUGGGCUGCUGGUAACAGAGCAUACCGACCCAUUCGAGGUUAUGGUGCAACUCCAUAGUUCACUUCCUCUCCGCAAGCACACUUGUCAAUGACGCUCUAUUUUUGUUUUACUUGUACCGUAUUUGGAUACCUGCACGCAACAUGUAAAUAUUGUCCAUUGGAUAUUGAAUGAAUAUUGAUUCAAGUCGCCC